CAAUGACCAUCUUUGAAAACGUUACCCGGGCCCUGGCCAAACAGCUAAACCCUCGAGGGGACCUGACGCCGCUUGACAGCCUCAUUGACUUCAAGCGCUUCCAUCCUUUCUGCCUGGUGCUAAGGAAGAGGAAGAGCACGAUCUUCUGGGGUGCCCGAUAUGUCCGCACUGACUACACCCUUCUAGAUGUUCUGGAGCCUGGCAGCUCACCCUCAGAUCCAACAGACUCUGGGAACUUUGGCUUUAAGAAUAUGCUCGAUGCCCGGGUAGAGGGAGAGGUGGACAUGCCAAAGACGGUGAAGGUAAAGGGCACUGCAGGGCUGUCCCGGAACAGCACGCUGGAAGUCCAGACACUCAGUGUGGCACCCAAGGCCCUGGAGGACUUGCACAAGGAGAGGAAGCUGGCAGCAGAUAACCCGUUCCUGAAGGAAAUGCGGGAUCGAGGAGAGAACCUGUAUGUGGUCAUGGAAGUAGUGGAGACGGUCCAAGAGGUCACUCUGGAGAGAGCCGGCAAGGCGGAGGGCUGCUUUUCCCUCCCGUUCUUUGCCCCACUGGGGCUACAGGGCUCUGUAAACCACAAAGAGGCUGUGACCAUCCCCAAAGGCUGUGUCCUGGCCUUUCGAGUGAGACAACUGAUGGUGAACGGCAAAGAUGAGUGGGAUAUUCCGCACAUCUACAAUGACAGCAUGCAAACUUUCCCUCCUGGAGAAAAACCAGGAGAGGAGAAAUUCACACUUAUCCAGGCAUCUGAUGUUGGGGAAGCACAUGAGGACUUCAAGACACUCAAAGAAGAGGUUCAGAGAGAGACCCAAGAAGUAGACAAGCUGAGUCAAGUGGGGAAAAGCUCCUUGCUCAGCUCCCUCAGUAAACUCCUUGGGAAGAAAAAAGAGCUUCAGGACCUUGAGCUUACGCUUGAAGGGGCUCUAGACAAGGGGCAUGAAGUGACCCUGGAGGCGCUCCCAAAAGAUGUCCUACUGUCAAAGGAGGCUAUAGGUGCCAUCCUCUAUUUCGUGGGUGCCCUAACAGAGCUAAGUGAAGCCCAACAGAAGCUUCUAAUAAAAUCCACAGAGAAAAAGAUCCUACCAGUGCAGCUGAAGCUGGUGGAGAGCACAAUGGAACAGAAUUUCCUCCAAGAUAAAGAAGGAGUUUUCCCCCUGAGACCUGACCUGUUGUCCUCCCUUGGGGAUGAGGAACUGACCCUCACGGAAGCUCUAGUGGGGCUGAGUGGCCUGGAAGUUCAGAGAUCAGGUCCCCAGUACAUGUGGGACCCAGAUACCCUCCCUCGCCUCUGCGCCCUUUAUGCUGGCCUCUCCCUCUUUCAGCUGCUGACUAAGGCCUCCUAAGAUGCCUUUUCUGCCUACUUCCUGCUUUCUAGACCUUCUCAGUCUCAGUGUACCAUGUUCUUAACACCAUAUUUCAGAGCCACCAGGUUAGGGCUGAAAUCCUACCCUGUCACCCAUGAAAACCAAACCCACCUACCCCACAACCUGUCUCCCUCCAUGAGUCUUCUACCACCACAACCCACUCCAUAAACCCAUCUGCUGAUGCCUAAAUCCUGUAGACGUAGAAACACUCAAACCUUAAAAACUUUGAGCCAUUUCAACAACAAAAAAUAAUUCCUAUCCUAAUUCUUUGUACUUCCAAAAAAAUAAAUUUUGCUGCA